UUUUUGCAUCGCCAUGACGAAGCAUUCUCCACUGAACCCCUCAAAAACAACGGCAGAGGAAGUCCUCUGGGCUUUUAUCACGUGCAGAAUAUUGCAGUGGAGGUCACUGAAUCAUUUGUGGACUAUAUCAAAACCAAACCGAUAGUAUUUGAAGUCUUCGGGCAUUAUCAGCAGCACCCACUUCAUCUGCAAGGACAGGAACUUAACAGCCCGCCUCAGCCAUCUCGUCGCUUCUUCCCUCCGCCCAUGCCGCUCUCCAAGCCAGUUCCAGCCACCAAGUUAAACACCAUGAGCAAAACCAGCCUUGGCCAGAGCAUGAGCAAGUAUGAUCUUCUGGUUUGGUUUGAGAUCAGUGAACUGGAGCCUACAGGAGAGUACAUCCCAGCUGUGGUUGACCACACAGCAGGCUUGCCCUGCCAGGGGACGUUUUUGCUCCAUCAGGGCAUCCAGCGAAGGAUCACAGUGACCAUCAUCCACGAGAAGGGGAGUGAACUCCAUUGGAAGGAUGUUCGUGAGCUGGUGGUAGGCCGGAUCAGGAAUAAGGCUGAGGUGGAUGAGGCUGCGGUUGAUGCCAUCCUCUCUCUAAAUAUUAUCUCCGCCAAGUACCUGAAGUCCUCCCAUAACUCCAGCAGGACCUUCUACCGUUUCGAGGCCGUGUGGGACAGCUCCCUCCAUAACUCUCUUCUUCUGAACCGAGUGACGCCCUAUGGGGAAAAGAUCUAUAUGACCUUGUCAGCGUACCUAGAGUUGGAUCAUUGCAUCCAGCCAGCAGUCAUCACCAAGGACGUGUGCAUGGUCUUCUACUCCCGGGAUGCCAAGAUCUCACCUCCACGCUCUCUGCGCAGCCUCUUCGGCAGCGGCUACUCAAAGUCACCAGACUCCAAUCGAGUCACUGGAAUUUAUGAACUCAGUUUAUGCAAAAUGGCAGACACGGGUAGUCCAGGCAUGCAGAGGAGGAGAAGAAAAAUCUUGGAUACGUCUGUGGCCUAUGUGCGGGGAGAAGAGAACUUAGCAGGCUGGCGGCCCCGCGGGGACAGUCUCAUCCUGGAGCACCAGUGGGAGUUAGAGAAGCUGGAGCUCCUUCACGAGGUGGAAAAAACUCGCCACUUCCUGCUGCUGCGUGAGAGACUUGGUGACAGCAUCCCCAAAUCCCUGAGUGACUCGUUGUCCCCCAGCCUCAGCAGUGGGACCCUCAGCACCUCCACCAGCAUCUCCUCUCAGAUCUCUACCACCACCUUUGAAAGCGCCAUCACCCCCAGUGAGAGCAGCGGCUACGACUCGACAGACAUUGAAAGCCUGGUGGAUCGAGAGAAGGAGCUGGCUACCAAGUGCCUGCAACUUCUCACUCACACCUUCAACCGGGAGUUCAGCCAGGUGCACGGCAGCAUCAGCGACUGUAAGUUGUCUGAUAUCUCUCCUAUCGGACGGGAUCCCUCUGUGUCCAGUUUCAGCAGUGCGACCCUCACUCCCUCCUCCACCUGCCCUUCUCUGGUGGAGGCUAGGAGCAACUCUCUGGAUCAGAAGACCCCAGAAGCCAAUUCCCGGGCCUCUAGUCCCUGCCCAGAAUUUGAACAGUUUCAGAUUGUCCCAACUGUGGAAACACCUUAUUUGGCCCGAGCAGGAAAAAAUGAAUUUCUCAAUCUUGUUCCAGAUAUGGAAGAAAUUAGACCAGGCUCCGUGGUCUCUAAGAAAGGAUACCUGCAUUUCAAGGAGCCACUUUACAGCAACUGGGCUAAACAUUUUGUCGUGGUCCGUCGCCCUUAUGUCUUUAUCUAUAACAGCGACAAAGACCCAGUGGAGCGUGGCAUCAUUAACCUGUCCACAGCACAGGUGGAAUAUAGCGAGGACCAGCAGGCCAUGGUGAAGACACCGAACAUCUUUGCUGUAUGCACAAAGCAUCGUGGGGUCCUUUUACAGGCUCUCAAUGACAAAGACAUGAACGACUGGUUAUAUGCCUUUAACCCACUCCUUGCUGGCACAAUACGGUCAAAACUCUCUCGCAGAUGCCCCAGCGAACCGAAGUACUAAGUGACCCUGCUGAGCAUCCUCACUCGCCUUCGAGAGAUAAAGAAAGUGUUGCCUCUUACUUCUCUCUGUGAUUCUUGAUGGCCCCUCUCGUGUGUAAGCCUGUGGGGUAACUGCUUUCCCUCCUGUCAACACUCUUGCUAGCUCUCCUGGUCCCCGUCUCCAUUGCUCUGUACCCUUCUCUUUUUUCCUGUGCUGAGAAUCUUGGUAGCAGCAUGUGGCCUAACAAAAGGGAGAAAAACAAACAAAAACAACCCAGAGGGGAUCCAGUGAAUCUCCAAAUUAUUUUUUUGUGUCUUUUGGCUUCCUUUUGUAUGAUAGGUCCCCAUUAUGACCCCCUGUGAUGUCUUGUACUGCUGUCUUUGGAUAUCUUUGUCUGUUUUUUAAGACAACAUAAUGCUUUUCCUUUUCUCUCUUUGUGAUAUCACUUCAAUUUUGGGUGGGGGGUGUGGCUUAGAGACUACGGGAGGAAACAUCUGGCUUUUUUUAGAACCUAAAAGGAAAAAACUUACCUUUUCCCUUUCCAUCUCUUUGCCAUUGCUAAUCCCUGCAUUUUCCAUUCAGGGAGAAGGUUGUGGGGAGCUUAGAAAUGGCACAGGUGUAUUCUCUGAAAGUGGAGCUUAUUUAGAACGUAGUUAUGCGGUUUUCUUUUAGUGGAAGAGAGAAGGGAGGACUUCUUAGCAGGCCUGGAACAGUGGCUGCUGCUGACCUUGUAAGAAGGGAAGGGCCAAGGAUACUGCCUGUGGAUUUGAGAGGACCGUGGGGCUUGGCAGUGGGUCAUGACGGCGGGCUGACAGCAGGAUGAGGAUAGCUCCUCACAGCAGCGCUCCUGUGAACUGCUUUUCUCUCAGUUUCUCAUUUCUCUUCUUGGCAUUAGUGAUGGUACAGUUCGGAAUUAGUACAAUGUCAUACACAAACGUCCCACAAGGGGGGAGUGACUCACUUCUGCUAAUGAACUUGAUGGUCGUUGUUGUCAUUAUAAUGAUGGGAAUGCUGAGUAGUGACCUUGUGAUGGGUGUAGCUCCCUUUGAUCAAAGAAAUGUAACUCUCAAGUAUAGACUUGGAAGUCUCCCUCUGAAUCCAAUGGUCAUUUCCAGUGAUCCUUGUCAAACUGAAAAUACUUUCAGUAAUGCUUCUCCCUCUAUAAUCAUAAAUAAGCAGACUAGGCAGGUUUUGCUUUCUGGAUCCUGGGAUUAAAACCAAUCCCCUUCCACCACUAAAAAAAAAAAAAAAAACCAAAAGGACACCUGGGGGCAGAGAAGAGGCGCACCUGAGCCCUGGCCCCAGUGGCUUGCUGCUGCCUCCGCCUUCGCUCUCCUUGGUUAUCUUCACGGGAGUGGAAAAACUGCCAGAGGAGGAAGGAGGAAGCUCACUGCUGACAGUCUCCUUCUCUGACAGAACAGGGUCAUCCGCCUCCAGACGCCAUCAUGGAAGAAGAUACUCUUUCUUUCAGCUGCCAGUAAGUUUUAUAGGAAUGGCCUGGGGAAAAGAAGGCCUGCAGGUUAAUUCAGCUGCUUUGCCAUCUGACCUGGGGUGUUUUGUACCAUCCUUUAUCUCCCUCACGCACAUCUCUGUUUGACCAUCCCUCAGGCAUUCAGGAAAGUAUCUGCCCUCUCCCACCUCACGAGACUGAGGGUCUCCAGCCUUGAAGUUGCUGCCCCUCAGGUGGUGGGGACCGGCUGAUUUUCUGCUUCAGGCAGCAUGGGGCAGGGGCUGGUGCACGCUGUGGAAUAGAGCUGGGCAGGCGCGUGUCAGCAGACCCUUGCUUCUGACUUUCUGGUUGGGCUCAUCGCUAAGAACAGGUCUCCUGGCCUCAGUAGAGUUGCCCUGCAAAGAGGAGGAAACAUGAAUCGUGGAGAGCUUAAAAGACAGGCUAGAAAUCCCAGGCUGUGACCUUAGCUGGAAAGUGAUCAAUAAAAACUCUACAGUAGGUUUUUUUAACUUCCUUCCUCUCCUUAAAACAUAGGUCAUUAACUGUGAUGUUUGUUUUCUAAGCAGUGCUUGAGAUUUUUAAUGUAGUUAGAGGUUCCUUAGUUGUCUAAUGGACACAAUAUGCCCUUCUGGUGUAGACUCAAAUCCAGGAUCUGUUGGUGCUUAGAGACCGCUCCUGGACUGGAAUGAAAUCUGAUUUCAGGGGAAAUGAAGAUGAAAUUCGAAGGUUACAUUGUAGAAUGAAGUCACGGGUGCUGCUGCUGUUUGUCACGAAGUCUGACAGAGGGACCCAUGUCCGUGACAGAGGGAGGUGGGGAGGGCUGAGGGGGAGUCACAUCAUGUUCUGAAAUGGCAUUUGAUUUUUCUUCUCACUCAGAACUGGCUUGGAAAGUCUUUGCUUUGGAGGUGUCAGAGAUUAGGACAGGUAAAACUGGACCGUUGGUAACACCCGGGGGGAGAGGGCCCCCUGAGGAAGCAGGACAUCCGCGUCCGGCAGGGGUCUCUGGCAGGUGUGCUUUCCACCGAAAGUCUGAGGACAGCCCUUAUUGGUUCCCCCUUUUCCUCUAGCGGCCCAUAUCCAGAUUAUAGUUGGAACAGUUUCAGGAUUAAUGUUCCCUUUCUGGACAGAUCCAUCCCCACUUUCGAAGCUGAGAGAGCUUUUAUGGCAGGAACUAUUUAUGAGGAUUUAGCUGAAGCCAUGGUGGCAGAAAAAUUGAUAUUUGAUAUUAAUAUAAUAUUAAUACUGGUAUUUAAGGAAACUACCUUUUGAGGGUUUUUUUAUGUUUUUUUCCUAAAGCACUCCUUUAAACAAGCAAAAAACAAAAAGAAAGAAAAAGCUCUUACACAAAUUAAGAAGAAAUGAGUGCUAGUUAAAAGUAAUCAUGUCCUCCCCUCCUUCCCCACCCUCCUUUCUCCUGCCAAAGCAAAACAGGACCUCACAGCCCACACCAAACCAGUGCCCACAGCCUCCUCACCUCUGCGCCUGCCUGGGAGUCAGCCAGCUCUCGGGCCAGGCUGUGCAGGGCCGACCAGCCGUGCACACAGCCAGGGGCGCGGGAAGGGGCAGCUGCUGGCAGCUGGGUGGGCACCCCAAUCCUAGCACAUCGUUAAAACACUUGCGCCAUCACUGUGAGGGGAAGGAAAAUGAUUUUUCCUGGCUAAGAAACCACUCUUGUUUUACAUUUUUAUUUCCCUGUUCAGCUACCAUUGAACUUCUAUAGCUACUCAUAUUUUCAGUGGGUUUUUUCAGCUCUUUUAAGAUGAAGGAAUAAGUUAAAUCAUUGGGAAAGAUCUUCAGGGAUCUAAAAAUAAAAUGACUUCUCCUGGCACAUUUCAAAGCAAAGACUGUAUUGCCUGCUGCUUGUUGUGGUUUACAGGGAUAUUUAAUUUUGUAAGGUAUUUGUAUAUUUAUACACUGUAAUUAAUUGCACAUUGGACUGAGAAAGAACGGAUGAUCUAGGGCGUAGCAGUUCCGGUACGCUGCCAUUUCCUCGCGCUGCGUCCACUCGGGUCCUCCAGGACGGGGUCAGGGCUUGUCUGUCUCUCUGACUUGGGUCCUUCGUUUUUGCUUUGGGUUCCCUUUCUAAAAUGUGAUGUUAACCUGCUCCUUAAAAAGAAGACACUAAUUCUGCUGCAGCUUUCAGAAGGUUUGCUGAAUGUAUUUGCAAGAGGACUCUGACUCGUGGGCACUGCGCUGUCCACCAUGGCCAGUAACGACUCACCCCAGUGUGCGGCCAAACCAUGACCGAGUAGCAGGGAUGUACUGAUGGUGCUUCCGUAGGGAAUGGCAAUGUCAGCUGAGAGAUUAUCUGCGGUUGUUCAAAAGGCCAUUUAUGAAAUCCGGAUUUGAGCCCCCAUGAAUCUUAAGAAAGCCUCUGAUCAUUUAAAGGAAAGAAUGAGAGUUGAUGCAAAUUUCAUGUUAAAAGCUGUGCUCAGGAAGUCCGAGCUGAGGUUGGUCUCUUGCCAAACCCUGGCUGUUGCGUGUUGUCUUCAUGUCUUCAAGUUCCCUUUUUCCAGGCUGCACAUUCUGGCAUCGGCUCGCCUGAGGCCUCCAUCGGCCUUCUCGCGUGCAAGGGGCCACCCGUCGGGAUUUCGGGUCUCUUCUCACCAUCCGCGUGUGCUGCCACGGAACCCGUGGAGCAUGUGUGGCCUUUCUGAACCAAGACUUUGCAAACUGAUCUCUCCCCAGCAAGGAGUUGAGCUCAUUAGCAACAAUGUACAUUAUUAAUUUCAGAUUUUCAUUUUCAUGUUUUAUUAUGUAAAUAUUAUCUGAUGUUGGAGCUUGAGUAUACAGAAUGUAAAUAUAGUUCUUGUAUUUGUACUAAUUCUGGUUCUUUUGCUGUAUAGCCUUAGAUGUGCAAUGCGGACAUUAUCUAACUGUGUAUGGUAACCUUGCAUCACGGAACUCCUAGUGAACGAGGUAAACAUAAUAAAGGUACAACCAGUGCAUCAGAA